AAAAAAUAAGGACGGAGUUGGUAAUCGAUAACAGAAAAAUUGUCAGUAUUUUUCAUAUUUCUUACUAUUCUGUGUUUUAUGUGUAAAAGGAUAUUUAAACAGCAUAGAAAAAUAUAAAAAGUAGACAAGUGAUUAUAGCUGAAAAGGAAUGGCCAAGAAAACUGUUAGAGGAAACGAAGUUUAUAUACAUAAAAUAUAACAGCAAAAAACUUUUUUGGUUGCGCCUAUAACAAAAAAAAAAAAACAUUAAAACCAUACUACUGUAAAAAAGUUUAAUUAUUUAAUUAUUUUUCAAAGUUAAAUGCUAUUUCUAUGAAUCUGCUUCGAUACAUAAUACUAUAUUUUCUAACAUACAUAUAUUUUAUUUGAAACAUUUUUUCUAUCGAAAGUAUUUAAAAUUCAUCACACCCACAUAAAAAACCACUGUAAAAUAAAUGUAUUUAGUAAAACCAACAUUAUUUUCAUAUUCUUAUCUAUCUAACAAUUUUUUCUAAUGAUUCAAACAGUAUUAUAUAAUAGUUUUAUUAUUUUUAUUUUAACUGUGAUAACAAAAAGUAUUAUAUAGACAAAAAAAAGCCUUAAACAUAAUUUGACUUAAUAUGUAUCAUUAACUUUUUGCUUGGGCGUUUUAAAAAGUCAUAGUCGAAUCAACUACCGCUCCAGUUUGUUAAUCUGAAGUUAAUCUCUAAAUCACAAAAAGCUAAAAACCAUGCAGCCACCACCGCGAAAGGGAAAUUAUGUUAAAUUUUUAAAAAAUUUGCAUACCGAGCAAGUUUCUAAGUUGCAACUUAAAAACCAACAUGAGUGCGACUUGUUGGAGGACAUCCGGCAGUUUACUAUUAAACGGUCAAGCAUCGAGAAAUCUUACAGUGAAGCACUGCUGAAGAUAUCUUCGGCAUACUUGAAUAAGAAGAUUCCAAAUAUUCCUGAUAUCAAAAUGGAAGGAAUGGAGGAAAGAUGGAAUAUGUGGAGCGUUUGGCGGACAGUUUUAGAAGAAAAUGAAAAAUUGGCUCGUGCUCGUCUUGCAGCAAUCGAAGUUUUCCAACAGCAAAUCGCUGAUGAAGCAAAAGUAUUACGCGAUUACAAACUAGCGAUUGCGAAGAAAUGUUUGAAUCAAGUUGUUAAUAUCCAAAAGGAGCUACAUCUAACGGUAGGAGAUGUAGAUAAGACGAAAAAGCAAUAUUUUGACGAGGAACAUUGCGCACAUGACGUUCGGGAUAAGGCUCGAGACAUUGAGGAAAAACUGAAAAAGAAAAAAGGAUCGUUCUUUCAAUCCAUUACGUCGUUGCAAAAAAAUAGUGCACGUGUUACUUCACGAAAAGAAUUACUUGAAGAAAAAUCCACGGGAGCUCGAAAUGAUUACAUUCUUAGUUUAUCAGCAGCCAAUGCACAUCAAAACCGUUACUUCACCGUUGAUUUACAGACAACAAUGACUACAAUGGAAAAUUACGUCUUUGAGCGGGUUGCUGAAUACUUGACAUUAAUGGGACGUACCGAGCUGCUUACAUGUUCUGCAACUCAAAAUUCUUUUGGAAAAAUAAGAGAUCAAGCACAACAACUGACUAGAGACUACAAUUUGCAGUGUUGUUAUCUCUUUUACCCUGUAUUAAAGCAACAUAUUCAAUAUGAUUUUGAACCCUGUGACAACGACCCAGUGCGAAAGGUUACAGCUGAACAUGAAUCAGCAACUGAGACUCUUACUAAGGAGGCCAAAAACCUUGCAGGGCGUGUAGUUAAGGAAAAUAGUAGUGUCAGGGAAAAUGCAAAGAAGUUAGCUCUUUGUGUUGCGCUACGAGAUUCAGGCCAAAGAACCGACCCUAAUGAUCCAAAUGGACCUGAUUUGGACACGAAAAUAGAAGAGUUCCGAGAAUCCAUUCGACGUUCCGAAACAGAAAAGGCUAAAGCGGAAGCUUGCCUUGAGUGUUUAAGGAAUGGAGGAAUCAACGUAGAUGAGUGGGUACAAGAAGCUGAAAUUAUGGGUGUUCAAGAACUAACAAGGUCUGCAAGCUCCUUGUCAAUGAGAACAGAUGCUUCAGGGCAGGGUGAGAAUCCCAGUUCUGACUCUUUCUAUGAUAGUGACAAAGAGGAAGCAGUUGAAGCUGUUGCUCAUGUUAAAACGCCCUUAGAAGAUAAGGAGUUGGCUAGAGCAAGGACAUUUAGUGAAAGUGAUGAAGAACAAGAAGACGAAGUUCGCGUUGUAGAAGCUAUUGCUCCUUCUGUAGGAGCUUGGGAAGACCCAACUGAAGUCAAUUGGGGUGCUGAUGACCGAGAUGAAGAGCUUGCCAUUCCCGAGGCUAAGGAACCCAUAUUCAAAUGCACUGCCCUAUAUAGCUAUACGGCUCAAAAUCCUGAUGAGCUAACCAUUGUUGAAAACGAACAGUUAGAAGUUAUUGGCGAAGGGGAUGGUGAUGGUUGGUUACGUGCGCGAAAUUACCGUGGGGAAGAAGGUUAUGUUCCACAUAAUUAUUUGGACAUAGAACAAGAAUCCGUUAGCAAUACUUCAAACACUAACCAACUUCGCUCUCAGAUAUCAUUCUCAUCAGUUGAUUAUACAGUGGAUAACGAGGAUCCUACUGUAGACUCCAUACAGUCUCCUGAUCAGGUUUCUGUAAUAAUGGCACCGCAUAAGAAAAAGCCUGAACAAGAAUUCUGUAUCGCUCUAUAUGAUUACGAUGCCACUGCUGAAGAUGAAUUAACCUUUGAGGAAGGUCAAAUUAUAAAGAUUGUAACAAAAAGCGCACAUGGAGUUGACGAUGGAUGGUGGGAAGGCGAACUUGAUGGGAAGUUUGGUAAUUUCCCAUCUUUGGUCGUGGAAGAAUGCGACGAAAAUGGAGAACCUCUAACCGACGGUGGAGAUGAAUCACCGCCACCAACAGCACCACCCAGCAUAGCGCUUCCUAUGGCUCCACCUCUUCCACAGGAGUAUGCUGACGAGUUAAAUGAGGAUAUGUUCCAGUCAACGGAUAUUCCAGAUGAUGAUUCAAGUCCUAUACCGAAUGGAAUUCCAAGUUUUCCUCCACCAGUUAUCAUUCAAGAACCGGAUAUAGAGGACAAUGAUACUGAGACUAACAUGAAAGCAGUUUCACAAAAACUAAAGUCAUCAGCCUUAGCCACAGAAGCAACUGCCAAGAAGGAUGAUUCAAAUACAUUAGACUUAGGUAUGGCACAAAUAAUUGUAACAGCUGCAACCCCUAUGGUUGAAGAUGGAACAGAUAAAUCUUUCCCCCCUGUAGGCGAGAGGGGUGGAUCACGAGCAGCCGAAAAGCCGAAUCGUUCUGCUGUUGAUGACGGAAGUGCUGAGAAGUUAUGCGAUGAAAACGAAAACGUGGAAGACGACUCUGAACCGCUUUCUGAUUCGGACGAGAAGGCCCCAUCAAACAUGGAACUUGUUGAGCCAUUUAAAUCGGAACCCAAAGAUCCUUUUAAUGAAAAAGCUGCUGAUUUUGAAGUUCAAUCAACAAAUAAAAGCGAUGAAAAUGCUUUCGAGGCAAAUUUUGAAGCUAAUUUUGAUGAUGCUUUUGCCUCAGCCGAAGCUGAACGUGAAACACCCAAGCAAGUCAUUGGGGGUAGAGCUAGCAUACCAGAAGAACUGGCUCCACACCAGUUGGCUCGUUUACAAAAUCUUAAAGAAUCAAAUGCAUAAUUAAGAAUAAGUUCAAUGCUAAAGUAAUUAUAUAACUUAAAUAACUUUAUAUCAAGAUAUGUAUGUAUUACACGAAUAAUACACAAAUAUGCACAUUUACCACACCUAAUCAACAAAAAACUUAGAAGCAUACAUCGAUAGUUUAUCUAGUUAAAUGUAUAUACUAUUAGAGUUAUGGGUUUUAAUAUUGUUAAAAAGAACAUUGUGUUAAUAGGCUGAAAUAUGCAAACCACACAAUAUUGUCAGUACGAAAAAUUUCACUAUGCAUUAAAAUACUAUAAUAAAUAAUAGGUUAUUAAAAUUGUUAGCUUUCAAAAUACAUUAUAUAUGCAUAUACCAAAAACGGUAACAAGUGAAUUGAUUUAACUAAAAUUUCUGAACAUUUAAGUUAUCUAGGUUGUAUGUUGUGUUUGAAAUAGAUGAAAAAUAAAUAGGCAAACCUGCAUUAGGAUUGGAAAUGGUGACCAAUAAAACAAUCCGCAGAGUGGAUUGAACUCAUAUUUUGCAAUUGAAAUGCGAACUAGAGAAAAAGAAGAAAAUUUGUUUGCUUUUGCUUUUGAGCAAUACUAAAAAUUAUAGAUUAAUUUUUAUAGACAGUGUUAAAUGCAUUUAUACUUUGUAUCUUCUAUUUUUAAAUUAUUUCAAUGUAAAUUAUAGAAAACAUUAUAGUUUGAUGGUACCUUUUUUUAACCAUUGUUUGAAGUACCUGUCAUUAUGUACCUACCUACUUAUGUUGUUUAUUUAUUUUCUGCAUGUACAGCCUUUUAAAAGUUCCUGUACUUCGUGCUUUGAAACAUUCCAAUGUAUUAAACAAUGUUUUAAUGCUUACAUAAACCAUUUCCUACAAAAUCUGUGGAUUAAAAGAAUAUCAACUAAAUUAUUUUUUUUUUUAACUCGAUAGCAUUUCUUAUUCGCUUAUAACGCCAAUAUUCCUGAUUGUUUCUGUCCCUAAACUGUGAUUGUUUUGUGCUUGAUUCAGCAAUUUUUGAAAAAAAUAAUUUGGUAUCUAUGCGCUUCAUUCAUUCAGUAAGUUGAAUUAGAAUACAUUUUUAGCUCUUUGUUGUUAGAUGUAUUCGUAUUGUAAUGGAAAAUAAUACUCGUACAAAUAUUUCAACAAUAUAUUGUUUGCCUUAAAUACAAAUGUAGGUAUAUAACAAUAAAACCUAAGAAUAGUACCAACAGAAAAUUUAGACGUACUCAAUUUCGAUUUCAUAAAUUCUUGAAUAUAGUCAAGAUUUAUGUAAUUAAACCUUUGCUUAUGUUAACAUCUGGGUUCAUACAGCGUUUAGGGAAAUAUACACAAAAUAAAACCAGUUCACCAGUAUGAAAACAUGUGUAAGCUAACAUUAAAACAAUACAAAUCCCAUACCAUACUCUUUCCCACUUAUUUCAUAAAAUAUAUACAAGGACAUUUAAAUAAAAUAAAACGUGAACAAUUAAACAUACUUAAAAAUAAUAACUACUUAUUUAUGUAUAUUAAAUAUAAUAAUUUAUAUAAAUGCAUAAAUAAUUGUCCGCAAAUAAAAAAUUAAUUUAAUUUUGUCUCGAAUUCUGGAACUGUCUUUAGAUUUAUAAAAGAAUGCAAGAUUUCAUACGUUAUGUGCUUUUUUCUUAAAAAGGAUGCUUAUGAUGUAAAAACAUAAUUUGGUGUCGAAUAAAAAGAAACUCAAAUUUAGUAAUUAUUGAAUACACAAACAGAAUAUUCGUAAAAUAUGUUAAUGUAAUAAAAAUGUACAUUUCAUUAAGUUAUAUCAGAAUUUGUUAAAAGAAGAAUUUAUGUCAGAACAAUAUGUAAGAAAAAAUAUACAGAUUAAAACAUUAAUUAAACCGUA